CAGCCGGCCGCUCUCUGCGCGCGCGGCAGGCCCUCUCUCCCGCCUCCGCCGGCCGCUCGCCGAUCCGCAGCCGCUCUCGGGCUCCGGCUGGGUUUUGCGCGCUCGGGCGCUGCUGGGUCUCUUCGUGAGAAGCCUCGCGCCGUUCGGCGCACGCCGUACCCCUGCCUCGAGGCGCGGGGUCUCGUGGGCCCCGCUCCCGCCCUCCGCUCGCCUGGCCCGGACCGGAAGCGGCGCCGCACGGCCUGGGCCUGGCGCGGGGGGCGGGCACCGGGGCCCGGUCGGACAUGGGCAAGAAACACAAGAAGCACAAGUCGGACAAACACCUCUACGAGGAGUAUGUAGAGAAGCCCUUGAAGCUGGUCCUCAAAGUGGGAGGGAACGAAGUCACCGAGCUCUCCACGGGCAGCUCCGGGCACGACUCCAGCCUCUUAGAAGACAAAAACGAUCAUGACAAACACAAGGACCGAAAGCGGAAGAAGAGAAAGAAAGGAGAGAAGCAGGUUCCAGGGGAAGAAAAGGGGAGAAAACGGAGACGAAUAAAGGAAGAUAAGAAGAAGCGAGAUCGGGACCGCGUGGACAAUGAGGCAGAAAAAGACCUCCAGUGUCAGACCCCUGUAGGAUUAGACUUGCCUCCUGAGAAGCCUCUUGCAAGCUCUUUAGCCAAACAAGAAGAAGUAGAACAGACACCCCUUCAAGAAGCUUUGAAUCAACUGAUGAGACAACUGCAGAGGAAAGACCCAAGUGCUUUCUUUUCAUUUCCUGUGACUGAUUUUAUUGCUCCCGGCUACUCCAUGAUCAUUAAACACCCAAUGGAUUUUAGUACCAUGAAAGAAAAGAUCAAGAACAAUGAUUACCAGUCUAUAGAAGAACUAAAGUGGUUAAGAAUCCGCCUGCCAGUUCAGGAGACACAGGAUAACUUCAAACUAAUGUGUACUAAUGCUAUGAUUUACAACAAACCAGAGACCAUUUAUUAUAAAGCUGCAAAGAAGCUGUUGCACUCAGGGAUGAAAAUUCUUAGCCAGGAGAGAAUUCAGAGCCUGAAGCAGAGCAUAGACUUCAUGGCAGACUUGCAAAAAAGUCGAAAGCAGAAAGAUAGAACAGACACCUCGCAGAGUGGGGAGGACAGCGGCUGCUGGCCAAGAGAGAGGGAAGACUCUGGAGACACUGAGGCACAAGGCUUCAAGAGUCCCAAUAAGGAAAAUAAAAAGAAAGACAAAGAUGUACUUGAAGAUAAAUUUAAAAGCAAUAAUUUAGAAAGAGAGCAGGAGCAGAUUGACCGCAUUGUUAAGGAAUCUGGAGGAAAGCUGACCAGGCGGCUUGUUAAUAGUCAGUGUGAAUUUGAAAGGAGAAAACCAGAUGGAACAACAACAUUGGGACUUCUCCAUCCUGUGGAUCCUGUUGUAGGAGAGCAAGGGCUGCCCAGAGUCACGUGGAUGGCAUGCAGCAGUGUGCGCACAGACGCUGAGCGAGAGCACCAUCUGGACCACUGCCACCUGAGCUGCCGCCACCGUGCUCACUCUUAUGUUUUAGAACCAGGCUACUGCCCUGUGAGACUGGGAAUGACAGCUGGAAGACUUCAGUCUGGAGUGAAUACUUUGCAGGGGUUCAAAGAAGAUAAAAGGAACAAGGUAACUCCAGUGUUAUACUUGAAUUAUGGACCCUACAGUUCUUAUGCACCACAUUAUGACUCCACAUUUGCAAAUAUCAGCAAGGACGAUUCUGAUCUAAUCUAUUCAACCUAUGGGGAAGACUCUGACCUCCCGAGUGAUUUCAGCAUCCAUGAGUUUUUGGCCACAUGCCAAGAUUAUCCAUAUGUUAUGGCAGAUAGUUUACUGGAUGUUUUAACAAAAGGAGGACAUUCUAGAACCCUGCAGGAGGCAGAGAUGUCAUCUGAAGAUGAAGGCCAAACUAGGACACUUGACACAGCAAAAGAAAUGGAGCAGAUUACAGAAAUCGAACCAACAGGGCAUUUAGACUCCAAUAAUCAAGACAGGCUUACAGCACUGAAAGCAGUAACAAACUUUGGAGCUCCAGUUGAAGUUUUUGACUCGGAAGAAGCUGAAGUGUUCCAGAGGAAACUUGAUGAGACCACCAAACUGCUCAGAGAGCUCCAGGAAGCCCAGAAUGAGCGUUUGAGCACCAGACCCCCUCCCAACAUGAUCUGUCUCUUGGGUCCCUCAUACAGAGAAAUGCAUCUUGCUGAACAAGUGACCAAUAACCUUAAAGAACUUGCACAGCAAGUAGCUCCAGGUGAUAUUGUAAGCAUAUAUGGAGUCCGAAAAGCAAUGGGGAUUUCCAUCCCCUCCCCGGUGGUUGAAAACAACUUUGUAGAUUUAACAGAAGAUUUUGAAGAACCUAAAAAGACUGAUGUUACUGAGUGUGGACCUGAUGGGAUUUGAAGCUAACUGGUAUUUGAUUAUAUAUUAUGUAUAUAUUUUUUUCAUUCUUAACUUGGAAAUGCUUUUUCAGAAGAUAUUAAAUAUUUGUAAAUUGUGUUUUUAAUUAAACUUUGGAACAAUUAAUUUUAAUGUUCCAGAGAUUGGACUUGUGUUAGGUAAUAAAGCUGAACCUGGGACUGUGA